AAGGGAGACAAUUUGUGAUUUGAGACAUCAUGUGACCAUCAUAUGCCUUCCGGAUUCAUUUGUGAAACGGAAAUCGCUUGAAAUGGAGCUAUCGUGGAUAUUAAAAGGAAUGUGCUUGUCUUUAAUGACAAGAUUUGCCCAGGGUGUAACGUUCUGUCCAAGAGAAACAUGUUAUGAUAAUGACUAUUAUUGCUGUGAUGGGUGGUGUUGUCAAAAUUAUAGUGUUUAUCGAGUUUGGUGGUUCUGGUGUUUAUGGGUAGUGGUAUUUUUACUCAUUGUUAGCUGUGUGAUUUGUAUCCGACGCAGAAGAAUGGCCAGAGCUCGUUAUGUUAGAAUUGCACAAGUUCCUACUGGUGGCUACAACACAAUUGUUACUAAUCAAAGUCAGACACAGUACACACAUGUUCAGACACCGAGAUAUUAUCAACCACCAACAGCUCCUAUGCCACCACAGUAUCAACAAACAGAGAUUCCGAAACAACCACCACCCCCUUACCAGCAAUGAGCAGUGCACAGUAUGGAAGAUAAUGGAAAGGGUAUUUAUUGACCAAUCAGAAUAAUUUGAGGUUUUAGGAUUGCUAUUAAAGAUGCAGUGAAUCAAAAUGUAUGACAUUUAAAUGAUUAUAUUACUUAUUAUUAAUUUUAACUCAUAUUUUGUACAUUGUUACAUAUGCUAUUCAGAUUUGUUUGUUAAGUUUUGUUAUAGAAUAAUACAAUAAGUCAUUGAACUUAUUUGGAACAGGAAAUACAAUUGAAUUAUUAUUCUAGUAUUCAAUUUUUAUUUUUGCAAAGUAUGGAUAUGAUAUUAGUAGCUGUACAUUAUGUAACGAUCAAUUGAUUAUUCAAAACCAUUUUUAUCAAAUUAUGCUACAUUAAUUGUCAACAGAACAAUGUAUCUUAGGGAGCUACCAUUUGAUUUUUAUGGGGGGCUAGGAUGAAAUUUGAAAAAAAUAGGCAGGAUGAGACACUUUGCAAAAAAAAAAAAGGCAGGAUGACAAUUUAGGUAAAAAAAGUCAGGAUAAACUAAUAAAGAAAAGGCAGGACCGAAUAGAGUGCAAAAUAAAAAGGCAGGACAGAGAUUACAACUAAAAAAAAAAUGCAAGACAAAAUAUUUCAUCCUAGGCCCCCCCCCCCCCCCCCCCCCCCCCAUAAAAAUCAAAUGGUAUCUCCCUUAUGCAUACAAUACUUAUUUUAAUACUAUGAAAAGUAAAGAUCAGCAGUUUACUAUUUAACAAGAAAAAUAUUUCAUAACAAAAUUCUCCACUUUCAUAUCUAUUUCAUUUUAUAUAAUCUUGAGCAUGUUUAUUAUUUCAGUUUUAUUUGUACAUCUUGAUACUUAAGUAAUUUGAUUUAUACUACAACUAGCUGUGUUAAGUUUGAAAUUUGUGUUACAAUUUAAAUAGCUAUCACUGUUUUGAUUCAAGUUGCAGUAUAAAAACAAUAUUAGGUCAAUGUCAGAAAAAUAUAAACUUUUUUGUAUUCAGCACAAAACUGGGGAAGAGCUCGGUAAAACAUUGCCCUUCCCCAGUUUCUCAGCCUCACACAAAAAAGUUUAUAUUUUUCUGACAUUGACCUAAUAUUGUAUAUUUUCAUAGUGAAUUAUCAAUAUAUUUAAAAUUUAUUUGUAUACAUAUGGUUCUUACUAUUUUUUUUCACAGUGAACAAAUACACGACAAAAGCUGUAUUUCAUGAUGCAUACAAAUUUUUAUGUUUUUCUUUGCUUUGGAGAAAUAUAGCUAUUUUAUAUUGUCUGUCAUAUGGUUAAACAGAAAUCUGCAUUUUACUAAUGUAUAAAAACCCAAGUAAAUAGCUUUAAAGGAAAUUUAUCAGAAUGUUGUUAGUUAACGAAAUAAAUAUUUGUACAUUUUA